AUGUCCGAACCACCGAUUAGACCUCACUCACCCGACGGCAGUGUUUUACAGCAGCGUCCGGAGAAGAAACCUCGCCUCGAAUCUUCCCUCCGUGCAUCUCCGGAUAACAAAAUGCUCAAUUCAGAUAACACCACGCAGCAUGGCUCAGUGAAUAAUUUGGAAGCCGACACCGGUCUUGUGAUCCAGCAAGCGACCGCUGCGACGAAGGUCAAAAACACCUCCCGCAAGAACAAGUCAAAGCACAAGCGCAUGGUUCCAGAACCCUACACGACAGAAUUUGUUGUAGCUCGAGAUGCCGCUUUGCUAUUGGGGAAAGAAUCUGUCGACAGAGCGUCUGCCGAUGCGACGGAUUGGAACGCCCCUUUCGAACCACGGGAAGAGGUUGAACUUGUUGUUUCCUGUCUAUCUUCCACUGGUGAUUCACUAUCCCUCGCUCCCUCGCCCCGGAAACCGUGGGUUGUUGUCACUCCGUUAGCGUUACCAGGAGAAAGAAUACGCGUCCGAGUGUACAGGCAUGCUCGUCUAUACUCCUACGCGGAUCUGCUAGAAGUGAUCACUCCCAAUGCGGACUGGCGGGAUAUGACAAGAGUGCAGUGCAAGUAUUUUGGUAAGUGUGCUGGAUGCCAAUAUCAAAUGCUUUCGUAUGACAGGCAGCUCGAUCUCAAGCGCAAUGUUGUUGUAAAAGCAUACGAAAACUUCUCAGGCCUAUCUCCAUCAUCCAUACCUGUAGUCCGUUCUACGAUCGCUUCUCCAUUGCAAUACGGAUAUAGAACUAAAAUUACACCUCACUUUGAUGCACCGCCGAAGAAAGCUCAGAAGGCUGCUGUAAAACCAACAGUUGACUCUAUGGAUAGACCGGAUUGGCUCAGAAUAGGCUUUAAUCGGAUAGGGACAAGGCAGGUAAUGGAUAUUGAGGAAUGUCCCAUCGCGACACCCAUUUUGAAUGAGACCCUUGGUCCUCUUCGCGAGCGUAUCACUGCUAAUAUUUACACAUACAAGAAGGGUGUUUCCUUACUGCUACGGGACUCGUUAGAGCCUCCACCAUCUGAGACGCAAGGGGAGCCACCGGCAAGCUUCGCUAACGCCGACAGUUUGUCUGUGGCACUAGACAAACAUGUCUGCAUCACCGAUCAUAAAGGUAGCGUUCGCGAACGCGUUGGAGACAAGGUUUUUAAAUACACCGCCGGGUCAUUCUUCCAGAAUAAUAAUUCUGUUUUGGUCCCUUUGACAUCCUACGUAAGGGAUGCUAUCUUCCAAUCGUCUACGUCCUCCAUAUCCUCAUCGCUCCGUCCUACCCAUCUCGUCGACGCAUACUGUGGUAGCGGGCUCUUUGCCAUCACUCUUGCCCCUCACUUCGACAAAGUCACUGGCAUCGAAUUAUCAGAAGAUUCUAUCCGAUGCGCAACACAUAGCGCGGAGCUGAAUCAUCUUCCUCCUAAAAAAUGUACUUUCAUGGCAGGCGACGCGUCCAACAUCUUCGCAACUGUACAAGGAUUCCCCAGGGAUCAAACUGCCCUCAUUAUCGACCCACCGCGGAAGGGCACAGACGAGAAAUUUAUCGAUCAAUUGCUGCAAUUCAAAUGCGCGACCGUGGUGUACGUGAGCUGCAACGUCCAUACACAAGCGCGAGAUAUUGGGAUGAUCUUGCGGAAGUCAGAGAUGAUGGAAGGGCAGAGAUAUGUGCUCGAAAGUUUGGUAGGGUUUGAUCUGUUUCCACAAACUGCACAUGUAGAAUCAGUUGCGGUUUUACGGCUUGUAUGA